AUGGUUUCCAACGUAGCUAGGAGUCCUCAACUCAAAUUGUCUCACUUAAUGUCGUCAAUGCCAGCCUUUUCAUUUAUUGAAGAACUUGUUAAUAUCCCACAGCCAAAUGAGUCCAACUUCGUGUCACUUCUGCAACACGAUUUAUUCAAGAUUAACAAAGCAUUGGAUGACAUUGAUCUAUAUCUCAACGACUUAAUUGUUGUUUUCAACAACAUCAAAGAAGUUUCAAGGCAUACUAUUAAUGUACUAGAUUGGUUCUAUGAAGGUAAGACGGCAUUACAGAAUUUACUUCGAGAUAUGGAUAGCAUUGAUUCGAUAAUUUCGCGACUUUUGUUGGUGAUUGAGUCCACUGAUUCAUCUGUCCACAUUAGUCAAGGAAUGAUCAGAAAGUUUGAAGAAGUUAGCGAUGUCUUGUUGGAUGUUAAGAAGUCCCUGAUCAUUUUAAAAAAAAAUUUGGAUGUAUCAACUAAUUACCACGAUUUAAUGGAGUCAGUUAUCAAGUCGUUAACCAUCGAGAUAGAAGAAUGUACAAAACUGGUAAUCAAGAUGAAAGAUUAUAAGUUGUCAAGCCCGAAACGAGUUUUACCAAAGUUCAACUUGAAUGAUAUUGUUUCUAAAAUGAAGAUUAAUGAAUUUAUUAGCACAUCAGUUUCAGUAAAGUCAAUCAGACUUCCAACAUUUAAUGAUUUGGAUCAGGAGAUUUAUGAAGAGUUUAUGUGUGUGGAGCAUAAGAUCCUUCCAUUACGUAUAUCACUUGAUAUUGUUCCAGCAAAAAUUGAGGAAUUCAAUACCCUUUGUCUGCUGAGUUCGUUUAAAGUAUCAAGAGAACAUGUUCUCUCAAACUACGAGGUAAUGUUGGAUAAAUGGAAGUUUUUGGAUAAGCAGUUUAAACUCUUCAAGCUGGAGAAUAUCGAUAGCAAAUGGAAUGUCAUUUUCAUGUAUUUGAUUCACCAAAUUGAACAGGAAUGUGACGGAUUGAUUGAUAUUUUGGCAUUUUCUGACACCACUAGUACAGAUGGAAAUUCAACGAUUAGCGAAGACAUUGGUUCAAGAUAUAAGGUGUGUUCAAAUUCGAUCAAUUUGAUCGAGAGUGCAAUCAUUGAAGGUAUAACCACUGAUAAAGAAAUUCCCCAAGCAUAUAAUAAGAAAUUGCACCCAAAAUGGAUGGAAGUUAAUGAUUUGAUAUUACGAGUUAAAGCUGAUCUGGAUAUGCAUGAUACAAAGUUUCAACAAAAGCAGAAACUAGCACCGAAAAGUAAAGGAUUACGCUCAUUUCGUACCAUGUCGAAAAACUCACAUCAUGAUGUAUUUGAUCGCCCAAUGAGUAAUGGGAUAGGAAUCGAUUUCAAUGUCGAUGUUGAGUCUGUUACAAUGCCAUUGAGUGUCACAAAGAAGGAUCGAGUAAAGGACUUUCUCACUGGUGAGAAACCCAAGGGAAAGGAUUUGAAAAAUACUCUUAUUCAAGUGUUUGAAGGGAUGAAUAUUCAAGAUCGAGAAGAUGAAGAAGAGACAUUGGUUAAAACGCCCUUACUUAAAGGUCCAAUCGAAUUGCAGAAACAACAAAGACAAAAGGUCGUUUCAUUUGAUUUUGAUAGUUAUACUAACAACAUACUAAAUUCAAGCUCACGUCCUGCGUCAAAAUUGCCUCGCAUUGUUUCAAAUUAUAUUGAAUUGGGGUAUCCUAAAUUUCCUAAAAAGGGAGGUUUCACAAGGAUUCCGGAAAUUGAUGUUACCCACCCUGUUUUCCAGUCUCCUUAUAGAGGAAAUUUUCAGCACGCUAACCGUACACUACCCAUUAGCAUUGACAUUUCACCUCCUUCGUGUAAAGACCCAACUGAUCCUUUUUAUAUAACUCGAUCAAGAGCUAGCUCAAACGCUACUGUUAUUGGCAGACCAAAUUCAUUACUUAACGAAACCACGAUUCCAAAUCUAGCUUAUUCUCGAAGACUCAGCUAUAACUGUACGUCGCCAGAGCGACCAUUAUCGUCAUUGGGCUCACGGUUUGAUGACGAAAAUUUGCUAAAGUCGCUUCAUGAAAAUCGACCAAUUUGGAAAUAG